UCUGCAGCAUCCACAUUCCCUAUUACUCCAGGCAUGGAUCUGAGAGGGGGUGACUGAUAACAUUUCUCAGGACAUUCAUAUGGGGAAGAUUAUUACUGGGAGAAGAGAGGAUCGGGACAGCGAAGACUUUAGACCUCAGUCACGAGCAGAACACAGAGGGGAGAGAAACCUUCCCCCUGCCACCUUUCCCUCACAGACACCCACCUCAGCGCCCCGCCACCCGGGGACCCCGAGACCGGGCCGCCCUCAGUUCGGGGCUCACCGGCCCCCUCAGGGCGGCCGGGGCCGAGAGCCGCCUCCACCCGCGGCUCUGCUCGGCUCGGCCCGGCUCCUCCCUCCCCCGGGAGGCCGCUACCGGGCGGGCUCCUCGCCUCGCCGGCCGCCCGGAGGGUGCUGAGGCGGCCCCGGGUGGGAAGAGCGAGGCGGGGCGGAGCGGGGCGGAGGCGGGAGCGGCGGGGCCCGCGCCUGUUGCCCCGAGGGAGUUAACGGCGCGGGGAAAGUCGCCUCUCCUCCGCCCCUGCCCGCCGCCGCCGCCUGGCAACCGGGGGGGGAGCCGCGCAUGUAGGGCCGCCGGGGGCUGCCGCCGCCGUCCCCGUCCCCCCCGCCCCGGAGCAAGGCGUUUAACGUGCCCAGGCGUGAAGUAUGGCAUGCAAAGAUGGUUUCUGCCAAGGAGCCAGCUAUCGCCAUGUCCUCGGGUCUCUCCAUCGCCCUCCUGCACUACCUGUGCCUGGCGACGUGUCUCAGCGGGCCGCCGGGACAGAGCAAAAAAGAGGAGAAAUUGUGGCCGGAGAAUUUCACCAGCAUCCUGAACAGCCUCCUGGAUGGCUAUGACAACCGGCUGCGCCCGGGAUUCGGGGGUCCUGUUACAGAAGUCAAAACAGAUAUAUAUGUCACCAGUUUUGGACCUGUUUCUGAUGUGGAAAUGGAGUAUACAAUGGAUGUCUUCUUCCGUCAAACAUGGGUAGACAAAAGAUUAAAAUACGAUGGCCCUAUUGAAAUUUUAAGACUUAACAACUUGAUGGUUUCGAAGGUGUGGACUCCUGACACUUUCUUCAGGAACGGGAAAAAGUCUGUUGCACAUAAUAUGACAGCCCCAAAACUCUUCAGAAUAAUGAGAAAUGGCACCAUCCUGUACACAAUGAGGCUUACAAUAAGUGCAGAGUGUCCCAUGAGAUUAGUGGAUUUUCCCAUGGAUGGUCAUGCUUGUCCUCUCAAAUUUGGGAGUUAUGCAUAUCCAAAGAGUGAAAUGAUUUAUACCUGGACAAAAGGACCUGAGAAGUCAGUGGAAGUUCCUGAGGAGUCUUCCAGUUUAGUUCAGUAUGACCUGCUUGGGCAUACGGUAUCCACUGAAACCAUUAAAUCUAUUACAGGUGAAUAUAUUGUUAUGACAGUUUACUUCCACCUCAGACGGAAAAUGGGUUAUUUUAUGAUUCAGACAUAUAUCCCAUGCAUUAUGACCGUCAUCCUUUCUCAAGUUUCAUUUUGGAUAAAUAAGGAAUCUGUUCCAGCUAGAACUGUGUUUGGAAUAACCACAGUGUUGACAAUGACGACACUGAGCAUCAGCGCAAGACACUCACUGCCAAAAGUAUCCUAUGCUACUGCCAUGGACUGGUUCAUAGCGGUCUGCUUUGCCUUUGUGUUUUCCGCUCUUAUUGAGUUUGCUGCUGUCAACUAUUUUACUAAUAUUCAAAUGGAAAGAGCCAAAAGGAAGACAGUAAAAUCCCUCCUUGAAUUUCCAGUUGCUCCUAUACAAAGAGAAAAAAGUACAGAAGAGACAGUCACGAGUACAGAUGCCAAUUCAAAUGUGAGGAAAAGAACGAAUGCCACAGUACAGUCAGAAGCUGAUGGUGGGAGCCGAAUUGACACAAGGCACAGCUCUAUCCAGACUCCCUCAGUAGCUCAGGGGUCUUCUGACAUUACACCCCACUCUCUUUCUGCAUCAAGUCCCAACCCUUUUACACGCAUCAAUGCAUCAGAGACAUUAUCUUCUGCAAGAGCUACCCCUCCAGCUCCUCCUUCUACCCCAAUUUUAACUGGAUUUGUAUCCCAGCAUGCUACAGCUGGAUCCCCUUCCAUUCAGCACUUGCUUGGAUCUAGACUGGAGCAGAUUCAGACCACCACACCUAAUACAUUAGGAGCAUCUGCAAAACCAUCGGCUGUCACACCACCUGCUCCCCCUGCCUCCCACUCUGGCACUAGUAAGAUAGACAAAUAUGCACGCAUUUUAUUUCCUGUUACCUUUGGAGCAUUUAACAUGGUCUACUGGGUGGUGUAUCUAUCCAAGGAUACCAUGGAAAAAUCAGAAAGUCUAAUGUAGUUUUGCUGCUAUGUAGUAGUUCCUAAAUUAUACUCACAUUUGAUGCAGAGUUUCUUCUUUUGAAACUAUUUAAAAAAAGAAGUCAAUAAUUCUUAUUUAUAAAAGCUGUGUGCUACUUUCCCGUUGUAAAGGCUGGAGUUAUUGGGGAUAAUUAGUUAAGUCUUUCCAGAGUAAUAGGUAACAGAAUUGUCUUCCUCCCUUCAGCUAGCAGUGAACCAUCACUCUUCAGACAGACUGCUUGCCUUUGGGAGGAACAUGCAGAGGGAAAAAAAUCAAAGGCAGAAGUGCACAACUGUGCAGUGGAACACAUCUUGACUGCAAGGAAUUAUGCAUGCUGAUUACCACAAAUCCCUGAGGCACUUAGCACCGCUGUCUGGACACAGCAUUUCAUUCUUUGAGUGCAAGGCCUAUGUCCUGAAUAUUUUGACAGUACUUGCUAGAAAAGGACUUUCCCUGCUAGAUUAAAAUUGGCAGAAUGGGGGAAAAAUGAGCAGUGGAAUGAGAAAACGGAGUCCAGCCUGGGAGAGUGCAACUCCAGAAAAGUUAUGCAAAGGAGUUGUAGAGCUCCAUAUAUUUUUACUAAGCAUUAUUUUGCAUUGCAACCUGGGAAAUUCUCACUUAAAAUAGGAAUGAGUGAACCUUAUAAAAUCUGAAAUCUGAUGUAAUUCUCAAAAUUUGAGUUUUUUGUUUGGUAAGGUGAUCUUAAAUGUGAUUCUUCUUAAACUUUGCCGACCAGCUUGAGUGGAUUUAUUCCUAAAUUACAUCUGUUGAGGUAGAAGGCAACCAGGCCCACAGUGUUCAACUGUUUGAAUUUUGUUCUUUCCUUUGGAUGCUUUUGGGUUUUUUGUUUUUUGUUUAUUUAUUUUCCAUAUUUUUCAGUCACACUCCUCUGAUUUCCUUUGAAUACAUAUUUCUUCCCCCUCUUUUAUAUAAUGUUUGUUUCAAGUUAAAUUUUCAACAAAUUUUGAAGUAGCUUCAGAAUCGAGUAAAACACAUUUUCCAGUGCUUUGAUGAGCGUGGCUAUGGCACAUCUUUGAGUGAACACAAGACACCCUUUUCUGAAGGAACGCUGUGACAUAAAUAGGAAAAGAAUGCUUCUAGGCGAAGCAGGGUGGAACACAAGGUAUAUUUAUGGUCAAUUCGUUUCUCUUAUGCUAUGGUAUAGAUAGGUGCUUUCUUUAGGGGCUCAAUACGCAAGCAGGCAAUUACCUGUCUUUAUUAAAACAACAACAAAAAUGUGAAUGGUUUAAACAUGAUAAAAAUGUUAUCUGCAUUGUUCUUUUCACCAGAGCGGGUAGAAGAUAUGCUGGCAAUAAAUCUAAACAUGUUUGCACAGAUCCAUCUGGCUAGGCAAAUGGCUACUGUUUCUGUGCAGGCGACAAAUGAAAAAUCAAAUUCUCAGCUGUGAUCUCACCGUGCCUUUAAGGGGUCGGGAAGCAGCUGAUUCUCCUUCAAGUGGGCUAAUUCUUAUCUUCAGUUAAUUUGUGUAGCAGAUUGAUAGCCCAUUGUCAAAGUUUUAUGCUGGGGGGCAGAUAAGGUGAGUGUUGUGGGGUUCUCUGCCCAAGUAGUGGUCAAGUGACUGAGAGACUGAUGGAAAUCACAAACAUCUAUGAUGAUUGAGAUCACGCGUGAGACUGCCCUAGACUGAGUUGGGACAAGAAUCAGUGUACAGUGACCAUAUCUCUGUGCCUCGUUCUAUCUGUCCAAAUUUUAUAGCUAUUUCAUAUCUGUGAAUCUGACCUGCCAGCUUACAGGACCUGGGAUAAUGCAAGAAAUGUAUCUUACAGUAUGUAGUAUGGAUCCCAGUCUACUACUUCAUGUGUAGCAUUAGAAUGUGUAUGACAGGAUGUAUAGGAUUUGGGAUGUCUUACAUGACUUUAUUAAGAUGUAAUAAUAUAAACAGUUACCUUAAUCUUUUUUGUUUAGUUAAGUGAUAUUCUCAAGAGGCUAGGCAUGGUCCUUUCCAACAACACUCCUUGGAAAACCAUUACACGUGCCAUAGCACAGAAACAGAAAUGGAGCACCCGUGCAGGUUGUCUAGCUGCAGUAGUUUGCAUCUUUGGAGGUAUCACUAGGACCUGUGACUGUUUCUUCCCUAAUUUAGUCACAUUAUUACAGAUUGUCAGAACAGAAGAUACUCUACAAGAGAUGGUUUGUUUAUUUUGUGAAGAAGAAACAAAAUUAAUCCUUUGCCAAUUGCUGAUCAUAAUUGCACAAGAGAUAUAUUUUUCCUACUAUAAAGAACAAUGGCUUUGUAUGUGUUGGGAACCUAGUGUUUGCUCCAGAAGUUACUGAAGUUAUUCUUUGCUUUUCUCUCUGAUGAAUAACAAGGAUGUUUUCUCUCAGACAGAGCUUUAAACGAUUCACGAGAAAUAGCUGUCUCUUCCUUUCCACCCACCCCCCUAUACUGCUCAUAUAAUCAGCUUUUUCGGUGCAUUGUUCAGUAGGAUCAACACUGGUUCAGCCUAUUUGACCAAGGUCAAUCUAAAUGUGCUACUUGAAUUCAUUUGUAUGUCCUGCUUCAUAUUGAAGACUUAUAAGGAGGAGAAAAGGAUUGCAGAAAUUAAUAGAAUUCCAGUUAUUAAUAUCUAUGCUUCCACGUUAGAAAUUUUUAAUCAUAUCUCAGAACAAUGUUUUAAUCUGUCGAUAUAUUUCUGAAUUACCUUCCAACACUUGCAUGUUAAUAUUCAAAAUGAGAUAUAAAAAUUCUCAUCGAGUCUAGGACUAAUUUAUUGUACUGUGCUACAUUAUUGUGUUCCUGUGUAUGAAGAAAUUAUCAUAACUAGCUUUCUGAAGUACAUAAGGACAACGUAGAUAGGAGGUUAUUGUUAAAAGUGUUUUUCCAUCAUAUUUAAUCUCCUUUUGGAGUGAUCAGAAACAGUAAACAGCCUGCAGUAUACUCAGAAAUACUGUCUGGUUCUGAAUACUGUGUAAUUUAGAAGCACAAAAAAAAAAAAGCAAGGCAGGAAUAUGCUAAAUAUAGAGGGCCAAAUGUUCAACACUGGUAACAUAAAUCACAAGGGAGAGUGUUGCAGGUGUCAUUUCAGUGACCAGAUAGGUUACUAGGGAUGGUUUUGAGUGAGAUGAGCUUUACAGGAUUUUUAUUUUUUAUUUUUUUAAUAUUGGUUUUGUGGAACAUUUUUUUUUUUUUGACAGAAGCACAGUCAUUUAAAACUAACCGCUUCAGAUAGUCAUCUUUAUAACCAGGAAAGUAAAUUGUAUAGAGAGCCAAAAAACCUUACCAGGAAACAGAGAUCAAUCUCCACUAACUGCUGUUUCCUCGGAGACAUUGUUACCAAUAGCAAAACUCCCACAGAUUUCAGUGAUGCAGCCCCAACCAGUGAUGCAGUCAUUUGAGAAAACUGGUUGAAAACUCAAUUCAAGAAGAUUGUCUUCACAGGUGUUGAAGUGUAUUUCAUAGUCAACUGUAAGGCCAAGUUGUGCAAGGUCAAAUUUCUCUCGGCCCGCUAUUAAGAAUUUUCGCUGCAAUUUCUAAAGUGAUGAAGUCAAGUAAAGAGGCAAACCCAGACCCCAGCCCUCUUAGAGCUCAGAAGCAGUACUGGAGUCUGUCUUUGUCCCUACAGAAGGGACUUGUCUCCAUCGAAUGGAUGUUAAUGGCACAUUUCUGAGGUGCUCUGGAUUUCUUCUCCCAUGUGUUUUUAAUGAAAAAAAGCAGACUUUGUAAAUUGUCAUCCAGUCUACAUUACCUUGCAAUCAGGCAAGUAGACAAUAUGAUAAUUAAAUGAAAGAAGCAAAUAAUUUAAUAAGGAAUGUGACUAGAGAUCUUCUGUUAACAGGAGCUAAAAGUUAUUGAUUACAGGGAGCUCAAGCAUAGUCUUGGGCAUCUCAUCAUUUUUAUGACUCAGGAUGGACUUGGAAAAAAAAAUUGGGAAAGCCAAUUAAUUAUAUGUAAUAGGAUUUAACCAGUUAUUUCCAGAGAAAAAUGAACUAGCUAUUUUUAAUAAGUGCAGAAUUCUUUUUCCUUCAAUUUUUUUGCAUACCUCCUGUAUGUCAUUCUGACACAGUGCACCUUAUGAGGUAGUGAAGUUGCAUGUAUGUUGUGUCAGAACAUCAGAAUGUACAGUGUAUAUCCCUUGUGCUGUUGGAAGUGGAGGGGAAGGCCAAAACAGAAGAAAAGAACACACACACAGGUUGUGUAAGAGACAUACUGGCCACCUGGGACACUUUCUUGUAGGUGCUGCAGGAGAUUUUCUAGGAGAAUUUUAGUGUGGGAAGCUGGAGCGUGGUUUCUUUUGUAGCACACUCUCCCCCCAAAUUCCAAUAGCUUCCACUAAAAUGGAUAGCUGUUGUAUGGCUAAUAAAGUUAUAAAUUACAAUACAGACAGCUGAAAAACACUGCUUUUGGAUUUGUUUAAUUCUAAAGUUAAAAUCAUGGAUUAAGAAAAAUGGCAAAUGCGUUGUUGAGAAAGCUAGGUGACAUAUAGCAUUUAAUGAUGACAUGGAUAAAGCCAAGGAUGAUCAAAGUUUUAGAAGUAUUAGAGAACAGCAGAGAUAUGUGGCUCAGUAAGUUUGCAUGAGGUCAGUGGAAGGUGGAGGAUGGGAUUCACUUCUCUGGAUGGUCUGGCAAACAUAAAUCAGUACAUUAAAAAGUUGAAGGAACAGAAUUGCAUAAAUAAAACUUCUUAGUGCAAAUCCAAUGGGUAAAACCAGAUGGUUCAGUGGAAGGGAAAUCAGGCCUACUGGUUCUCCUGGAAGGAAAAGUGCAUCAUUUUGGAAGAGUCUGAUACACACUAAUUUUUAUAGUCUUCAUUUGUAGGUCUCAGAAACAAGUUGUAGCUUUUUUGGAGAAUAUGAGUGUGGUUGUGCAGUUUCAGCAUGUUCUGAGUACAUCAGAUUUUAAAAGUAAAUUUUUGGCACAUUCUAAGCAAGUGUGAGUAGUGAGAAGUACAGAGCAUUUGGAAAAGCUCUCUUUGCUAAUGUUAAUUUCUGUGUUCUUAACUGGAGGGAAUGAAAAAGCAAUUAUUGUAAGAUCGAUAGAACUUGUAAACCAUACUUUAUUUUCAUGUGGAUUUGAAAAUGUGGUAGGUAUCCCUUUCAGAAUUGAUUAGUUUUACCCUCUAGUCCAUAACUUAAUGCAUCUACAGAUCUCUCUUACACUUCCUUAUUCUUUUUUAUAUUAUUUCACCAGAAAGAGCUUACUUCAAAGCAAACCAGUUACUAUCCACUGCAGCUCACUGUGUUUUCUGGUCAUAAUUCUAUUUGCUUUCCUUCUUUCCUGAGAAACCAAGAGUGUCAUGUCAUCUUUAAAAUAAAAAUAACAGAGAGGGGAAAAAAAAAAAAGCCUUGGAGACUCCCUUUUAGAAAAAGCAUCCAAACUCCCAUCAGCUAUAAAACGAUCUCUUUAAAUAGUAGCAUAAUUUUAGUAUUUAAAAAUACUAAUGUGAUCACAGCCUGGAUACAUAUAUAUAAAAACAUUCAAAUAAUAUGAAUUCUCUGAAUUGUAACGGAAGCAGGCUCAAGAUACACUUGCAAGCAAUCUUAUUUUGAAAGAGUACCUUUCUGUAUGCAAAGCACCAUGUGAGGUAAGGAUUUAUUAUUAUUAUUAUCUUCAUAUCUGCAUUUUCAAGGAAAAAGAUCCUGAUGGGAAAAAAAAAUUAAUAUUGUACUACUGAAUUAACCCUCAACUGGAACAGAGACCUGAGUUGCUCUUGCCAUUGUUGAUCUACUUCACCAUUUGUGGUCUAUUUUAGUGAAUGUUGUAACCACAUAGAUGGUUUGUUGGCAUAAAUAAGCAUUUAAAGAAAUAAUCUUUAUAUGGGAAUGUGUUUUACUCCUUUGAAAAAUCUUAGCUGGAGAUUGGGAGAAGAAGCAGGUGACUUUGUGAAGCACUCAGCUGGACUUGUGAGUUCAAUGCAUUGCAAAACUAAGUACUGAUUUGUCUUGCCUUGUCGUCUUGUGCUGGUGGCUCAUCUCCAUGGUAAGUAAAGAUGCACGAGUAUGGAGAACUCUGAACUCAAGAACAUGUACGAGAGUGUCAUUAAAGUGCUUUCAAAGCACUUUAAUAGUAGUUUUUGAACCUCCUCACUAUACAGUAACUUCACAGUCUGUUUUACAUUUGCAAGCUUGAAAAUCUCCCUGCUAGACUUCACCAGGUCAUCAAAUGAGUAAUAUACAUCAUAACAUAUUUCAGUAAAUCAGUUUUUCUGUAUGUACAUGCAUUUCAUUUUUUAUUAACUUAAGUCAAAACUUUCUAGCACCAGACUGGUGGUGGAGACGUGAGGAAUUCUGGAUAACCAGAGUUCCUGUAGAAUUACAUUAAGGCAGCCUUUUAUAAUGUAGAAGGAUGCCUUUGCAGAUCAAUGCCAGUAGCAAAUUCAUAGUGGAGAUGAAUCCACUGCUGCUUAAUCCAGGCCUUGAGUACACGAGCCAUAUUUGAAGGGAUCAUGGAUGGGAGCUAGCUUAUGUACUACCAGCCUCUGAAGCAGUCUGCACCAGACAGAGCACAUUAUUACAUUAUUACUCUACCAUCUACUACUCUACUGUCUAACUGUGUUCCUACCUUCUUCUUGCUGUCUGCUUUGUGUGGUGAGAAGUACUGGUGUGGUCAUGGCGAGCUGGCUGAAAUAGCUUGUCUAGCUAAAAGCAAGUUUGUCUUUUUUUGUCUUUUGGCUGGGUUAGCAGGCAGCUGAAUCAGUUCUCUGAUCUGGCUCACUGUGUUAAUGCUGGUACAAAGGAGGUGGCGAGGAGGCUGGGAUUAUGUUUUGGGGUGGAUUAAAAUUAUUGUGAAACCACAGCUGUAGGAUUCUUCCCCUGCCUCCUCUGGCAUUAAAGCAGAGGCUCACAGCCUUCCUUGAACCUUAGGUGCCAUAUGUGGUCAUUUUUUUCCUCUAUAAAGGCGAUUUUGUCAGUUGCAUCAAUGACAAAUAAUGGACAAAAAAUACAUGAAGGCCAGAAUUUAUGAAAGAGCUUGAGUCAAACAAGUUUUUUUUUAAGAGAGAGAAAAGGAAGAGAUGGGAAAACAUCAGCAAGGAUGAAAAAUUUAGUUUCUUGCUACCAAGCAGUUAUUUUAAGAUAUGUCCUAUUAGAGGUACUAGAGCAGCAUCUGGCAGGAAACAGCCUAGAAAUAAUUAUUUCUUUAUUAUAAGUAAAAUGAGAAAGUAAUAAAGAAAAUUGCUAAUGUUGCUAAUGUUUUCUUAGAAACGUUUAUGUUCCAUUGAAGUUGUUUUCAUUAAAAAGCGUAUUUCCAUAGCCAGGAAGAAUUAAGAGGCAGAAUAGUAAAGGGAAAAGAUUGAGUUUUAUUAAAUAUCCCUGCUUCACUCUGAUUUAGAAAAUUUCUCAACCAAAAAUGUAAACAAUAACAUUCUUUAUCUUUUGGGGACUCCAAAUAUUUCAUUUUCAGUAAUGAAGCACUUUGAAACUUCUACCAUUUAACGUGAUUUAUGUUUAAGAGACCAAAUAGAGAGAUUCCUGCCUCUGGUUUAACUCAAUUAAAGAAGGAGGGAAAAAAAUCACAACAAAAGCUUUCAUUACAGUGACAGCCAGUUUUCGGAAGUGUCACCUCCCUACAAAAUCUUCAUAUACCUAAAUUCAUGGGAAGCUUUAUAGUGCUGAGCAUUUCUGAUAAUGUGGUCAGUACAACAGCUUGUGGGCUGUGGCUGCAUUUAAAGUAGUUGGAAAAUGUAUAUCCAAAACCUUGGUACGUGUAUAGCAUGGAUCCUGUGAAAGGAAAAGAUGAGUUCGUAACCCAACAUUUGGCUGCUUGAGAGCUCCGAUGUUGCUAAUGUGGGGAAAAGUAGGAACCUGUCGUCAGAAAAGUGAUGAAGGAGAGUGAGACUGCCUCUUUUAGAGAUGAUGCAGAUCUCAUGCUGGCUUAAGCCACUCAUGAAAGUGCCCCCUAAACUCCUUCCCAAGUGGGUAGCUUAGGCAUAGGCUGAGUGUGAUGUGGAAUUCAACACCAACUGCAAAUCCUGCCCGCAGAUCAGCACCCUUAAUCUGUCCUAAGGUUUCUGAUGCUGUGGCUGGAAGACUAGAAGGAUUUGAGCAAGCAGUGACUGCCAGCUGGGAUGCAUCCAUCUUGCUGUGCCUCCAAGCCAUACCGUGACGAAUCAGGGCCCUCAGAGGACUGGGGGCAGGAUGGAAAAUGCUCUCUUGGAGUACCUAAUAGGGCAGACUGGAGCUGAAGCUCUUCUUUCAGCUCAGCACUGCUGAUACUGUCUGUAACAGUACUGAACAUCCCAGAGGAGGGUCAAGGUGUCCUGCACUCUUGUCUUCUCCUUGUACAUCUGCUAAAUGCUCUGGUAUGGAGAGUCGUGGGACUGAUGAAAUUGGGCAUGCCUAGUGCAGCUGCUUGAUAAACAUCCAUGGUUUCUGUAGUUGUUUUCCUAGUCCAGCAGUGGUUUAGGAAAAAAAAAAAAAGUCCAGCUGUACAAGCUCUGCUCCUGAAGCCCAUGCUAGCAGCAUGUGGGCUUCCUCAAAAGCAAAAUAGCGUCUCCAAUUUUUAAAGGCAUAGUUAUUUUGCCCCAUCAGUUGUCCUGUAGCUUAAACAUUGCAAAAGUUGCUUUCUCUUUGACUCUUACUUCUUUUAAAUUCCCUAUUAUGCUGUGUGUUUGUGAAGAAAAUAACUGAGCUGACUCCCCCCUGCUGUCCCCCUGCUGUCUUAUUUACAUUUUUAAAAAAUAAGGUUCUUCACUGCACACAUGGAGAUCACAGGCUGUUUUGCAAAUUUGGGGAAGGCAGCAAACACAGCCAGUAAUUGCCUUGCUGAGUGGGGACUGGGGUCUAAUAGGCCUGAACUUAGUCCUGGUAAAGCCGUCUGUUCAGCAGGAGAAGGUAUCCCUAUGCUGGGGAAGAACAGCUGAGCCUAAAGACUGUUAGGCAUUUUGCUGAGGCAGGGUAUUAGAGUUGAGGCUUAAGAUCUGCUUGUUAGCUAUUUUAAAACCUCCUAAAUGUACAGUCUCUAAACCCAUGCUUCAGCACAUCCUGCUCCUUUUUGCACUGUUUUGGUUCCUUCCAGACCUGUCCCUGACUUUGCUCCCUUGCCCCAUGGCUGAGCAGGGGACCAGUAGCUGCUGGGAUGCUCCAGAACACUGGGGGGACCACGAACAUGGGGAGGGAGAGCUGUGGGGUUUUUUGGGAAGUGUUGCCUUGAAGACUCCUCCCCCUCGUUGCUAAAAUUGGUUCAUCUAAUAAACAAUGUGGGGCCACACUUUCUACUGCACUCUCAAAUCAUGGUGGCCAGGAGGGCAGGCUGGGAGGUGUUAAUUUCUGUGCUGGUAAAUAAUUCAAAAUGUAAUGGCUGUACCAGCUGAGGAAC